AAUGGCACUAGGUGGAGGAGCUCCCCAGAGAGGAAGUGCGGCAGCUACUGCCAGCAUGCGCCGGAGAAGGACGACAAGUUCAGGUACAUCUGGAGGGGCAGCUGGAACAAUGCUGCAAUUUUACACGGAUGAUGCUCCUGGCCUCAAGAUCUCCCCCAACGUUGUACUCGUCAUGAGCAUUGGUUUCAUUGCGUUUGUUGCCAUUCUCCAUGUUAUGGGAAAGCUGUACUUCGUGCGAAGAGAAGCCUAGUGGGUUUUGCCCUUGAUUAAGUAUUGAAUAUUUAAAUGCAAUGAGACUAAAGUUUAAUUUUGAUCUAAAUUCUCCUUUCAUUACAGUGAAACAAAUUUCCAUUUUUGUUACUAGUUUUUUAGCAUGAAAGAUUUCUGUUCUGAUUGUGAUUUA